ACUGAGCAGGUGGGGCUGUCAACACUCACUUUUUCUCUCUUCUGCCAGAUUUGAUUGAUGGUAGGGGGACUAAUCGAGGCACAGAAAAGGGAGAGUAGUCUCAGAACAGCUACAUACAUUGCCCAGUGCCAUCCUCUUUUUUACAGCCGGUUACAUUCUGGUUUUGUUGCGAAUCUGCGCCACACGUUUAUCUGGAACCAGGCGAUGCUAAGAAGACUUGAUCUUGCAGGGAAUAGGUAGAGAUCGAGUUGUUGUUGUUGUUGUUGUUGUUGCGGAAGAGAAGGGGAGGCGGCGGAAGAGGAGGGGGAGGAGGCGGAAGGGGAGGAGGCGGAAGAGGAGGCAGCGAGCUUGAGUGUGUUGAAGUUGGAGGAGCUUUGGUUUUCGAACUGAGGGCUUCGUUUUGAAACUUCAGGUGGCUUCUCGGUUCGGCCAUGUCGGAUGUGCCGUUCGCCCUGUGAAGAAGAGGACAGAGGAUUCGGAGUCCGUUAUGCGUCUGAUGUGUGUUUGCGGCAAGAUUUUCUUUUUGUAAAUAUUUUCGGCUAUAUACAUUUUGAGCUCAAAUUUUGACCUUCAUUCGGCAAGUAAAAUUAUCAAGUGAGGUUACGCCGGCGUAUCGUGUGAAAGUAGACGUUUCUUUGUAAGCUGUUAAAGUUCCCUAUCGUGGUAUCGUCGAAGGCCUGACGGAAGAUGGAUUUCACAAGGAAAAUCAGUACUGUCCAGCACAUGCAAAGGGUUUGGAGCCCUAUGGAUAGCAGGACAGAAAAGAACGAGAAGAGGAGAUCUCGGUCAGGUCUACUAGUGGAAUCAGGAGAAGAAGAGGUUCUUUGUCCUAGACCACGACGGCCAGCUAAUGCGAGUUGUCCUGUAUACGAUUCAGUGAAGCCCUCUCGGCGGCACAAGAGUAAAUCUUCAGCUUGUCCUGAAGGAGUGGUUUGCUUUGAGCUGCUCGACAUAUUUGUCAGCAAGGGAGGCUACAGAGACAUUUCCGGCUUCAGUUCUUCUCCCCCUACUUUUUGUGGCUCUCCCCCCAGCCGUGCAGGCAAUCCCCUAAUUCAUGAUGCAGCGUUUCUGCAUCAGAGGCCAACUUCUAACUUGUCAAUGCAGAUGAACUCGUGUGGACCUUCCUCCUAUAGCGCCAAACCAACUGUACGGAUUGAAGGGUUUGGUGCCUUCGGAUCUGAAGUAUCAGCCCUUGCAUAAGUGAUCUCCGGCCCUUGUGUGAUCGAGUGUUGUCUAAACCGAUGUACAAAUAUCAGAGUAAAGAAACCAGACUGUAAUUUAUGCGAGAGUCAAUUUUUUGGUGAUAACCUGUUGACAUUUCAACAAUAUCGCGGAUAGAUUUCUGACCCGUAUGUGCCUGCCAUGCGGACCAAGCAAACAAAGACGACGUUGCAUUAGAGGUGGUUUUUAUGACAAUCAAUCGUUGGAUUGGUUUUUUCUUCCCCCCUUUGACUUCCUUGUUUGAAAAUAUUUAAAAAAUUGGUUUAUUCAGGUCUGUCGACCUUCUAGUGUAGGCAUAGCUCUUCCGACACCCAUGGUAGAUCGGAUGGCGAGUGAUCUACGUUGAGUGUGUCAGUCCCUACGCUGUACACAAGAAGAGUAGACCUAAAACAAUCAAGACACUACUUCAUGUUGCGGCAGUGAGGCACUAAGUGCAAAAUGUGCAGCACCGGCCACCAUCAGCUAGAGUGCAUAGAGCACAUCCGAAGUCUGGAUUUUGCGAAGUAGCUCGAGCAUUGACAGAGAUCUGAUGGUUUGAGAGGAUUUUCGGCCCGAUUUUUUCCACGGCCUUGAGUUUGUACAGAGAUGUGAUCUUGUAAUAUCAUGUACUUUUCUUCCUAUUUAAACUUUCGUCUACUAUUUCACUCUUUUCUUCAA